CAACACCGACACCGGCACCAGCCCCGGCACCAACACCGACACCGGCACCAGCCCCGACACACGGAUCAACACCACAGCAACAUCGGCAGCGGCACCAACAUCAGCGCCAGCACCGGCACCGACCCCAGCAGCAGUAGCAGCACCGGCACCGGUACCACAGCCGUGGGCAGCGGUUCCCGCGGAGCUCAGGUCGGAGCCAGAGGGGACCUGGUCAGGGUUCUUCACCUCCAGUGAGGCCCCUCCCUGGCUGGGAGACACAGGGAGGAGGAAUCACCAGGCCAGGAGAAGGACCCUGGGCUCGGGGGACACACAGAGCCAGGCCAGGCUGGAGGGUGCCCGGGUUAGCAUGACCGAGGUGGAACCCGUCCUGGACUUCGCAUCCUCCAGCAGGACGGGCCGGCGCAAUGCCCUGCCAGACAUCCUGGGCUCGCCCGCCGGCGUCAGCCCCUCCGACCUGCCCCUCAAGCUGGCAGAGAUGUCCCUGAACGCGGGCAGUGCCCAGGAGAUGCAGUCGCCCUCGGCGGAGGUGCCCCCUCCGCAGCCCCCCAGCCCCGAGCUGAAGGACACGUCCUAACCCUGCCGCCGUGGGGGCAGCGCUGCCCAGCGGAGGCAAGAGGAGGCUGCGGAGCACCAGCCCAGGCUCUCCCAAGCUUGCCCGGAGUCCGCUGGGUUUUCCUCGGUGCUACCGCGGCGAGACCAGCUGGCAUCGGCCCCCACCCGCCGUCGGGGGGAGCGGCGCCUGGCAGGGACCUGCCGUGACCAAGGGGCCAUUGCCACCCGUGCCCUGGGCAAGGACCUUGUGGGGGGGGUGGAUUUCUUCGUUUGCCUCCCCAGGAGGGAGCGACCUUUUCUUCUGGGGCAUUUGGCAGAGCCGAGCGCAGGGGGUCGGAGGUGGGGGAGGGGGAGGCCUCUUUCUCCUGGCCGCUGGAGCUGCCCGUGGGUGUUUCUGGCUGAGUGUGGUGUUCACUGUGAUGGUUUGGGUACCA